AGGAGCUUUGCGGGGAAUGGAGGUCCAGGUUUGCUCGCUUAUUUCUCGGCCUCCCCAAGCAGAGGGAGACUUCGGCUUCUUCGCGUCUGCAAGGGAGAGCUCUGAAAUGUCCUUUGAGGAGGUAGCCGUGUUCUUCACGGAGGAGGAAUGGGCUCUCCUGGAUCCGGGCCAAAGAAAACUCUACUGGGAAGUGAUGCAGGAAAACUACGAGACCAUGGUGUCUCUGGCUGCAGAUGUGAGGGAGUUGGCAAGUGAGAAGGAAUCAAGAAGGGCAGUUGUAGAAAGAGAAGAUCUGGAAGGAGAAGCAAAAGCUGGGGAACAAGUGGUACUAAAAAAGCAGCAGAGAACUAAAAAGGAAGCAGAACAGAAGCAGAGGAAGACAUUACUUGCCCAUCAAAGCAGAAAGAUACCUGAGGUCCCAGGCCAAGAUGAAAUACAGAAGAGAAAGGGAAGGCAUAAGGGACAGAUGAAAGUCAAAGCAUUGAGAUGCAAACUCAGAGUUAAAAUAUGUCAGAACACUACAACAUGCUGGAAAACAUAUAAACACUUGGAAUGCGGAAAGAUCUUUUUACAGAAUAGGAAACUGGCUAAAGAUCAGAGAAUGCAAAUGAAAGAGAAGCCAUAUAAGUGCAUGGAGUGUGGAAUGAGCUUUUCUAAGAACGGCAAUCUUACUAGCCAUCAAAAGGUUCACAAAGGAGAGAAGCGUUAUAAAUGCUUGGCAUGUGGGAAGAGUUUCUCUUGUAAUAGCAACCUAAUUAGCCAUCAAAAGGUUCACACAGGGGAGAAGCCAUAUAAAUGCUUGGAGUGUGGGAAAAGCUUCUAUUGGAAUGGUGCUCUAACUAGCCAUCGUAGGAUUCACAUAGGGCAGAAGCCCUAUAAAUGCUUGGUAUGUGGAAAGAACUUCUCUCAAAGUAGCCAUCUAACUAGACAUCAAAAGAUUCAUACAGGGGAAAAGCCAUAUAAAUGCUUGGAGUGUGGAAAGAGCUUCUCGGAUAGUAGUGACCUCAGUAAACAUCGCAGGAUUCACACAGGGCAGAAGCCCUAUAAAUGCUUGGAGUGUGGGAAGAGCUUCUCUCGGAAUAGCCAUCUAACUAAUCAUCGCAGUAUUCACACAGGGCAGAAGCCAUAUAAAUGCUCAGAGUGUGGGAAGAGCUUCUCGGAUAACGGUGACCUCGCUAAACAUCACAGGAUUCACACGGGGGAGAAGCCAUAUAAAUGCUUGGAGUGUGGAAAGAGCUUUUCUUGGAAUACGUCAUUAAUUACACAUCAAAAGGUUCACACAGGGGAGAAGCCAUAUAAAUGCUUAGUGUGUGGAAAGAGCUUCUCUCAGAAUAGCAGCCUAACUACACAUCAGAAGGUUCACACAGGGGAAAAACCAUAUAAAUGCUUGGAGUGUGGGAAGAGCUUCUCUCAGAAUGGCAACCUAACUAGCCAUCAAAAGGUUCACACGGGAGAGAAGCCAUAUAAAUGCUUGGAGUGUGGAAAGAGCUUCUCUUUCAAUAGCCACCUAACUAGACAUCGAAAGGUUCACACAGGGGAGAAACCUUAUAAAUGCUUGGAGUGUGGGAAGAGCUUCUCUCAUAAUGGCAACCUAAUUAGACAUCAAAAGGUUCACAUAAAGGAGGAGCCACAUAAAUAUUUAGAAGCUGGGAAUAGCUUCAGUGAGAGCAGCAGCCCUUCUCUACAACUUGAGAUGUACACUGGGGAAUAACCAUUCUAUCAUUUAAUCUUGCCUGUUUAUAAUCGGAAGUGUUUUAUGGUGGCUUUCCUUGAUUAUCAUCUCUCUUUCUGAUUCCCUCCCUUUUCUCUUUCUCCCCUCCAUUCUUUCUGUUAGCAUCAAACAAAGUUAUAUUCUAUCCCUGGUGAGCAAAAUGUGCAUAUUUUUGUCUGCUCUCUGAAAGCUUGUGUUACUGGAUCACUCAUGAAGGUAGCAAGAUCGGUUAAUGCUUCAUGCUUCCUCUUCCAAAAUGAUGAGUGCUGUAAUUUUCCAGUGAGAAGAAUAGCCUGUUUGAUUGCUGCCUGCUUGUGGUCUGAUCUCAGCGAGGUGAAGUGGAUUGGGCAUUGCCUUCUGCUAUUCGUGAUCCCAGCUGGUUGAAGAGGGGUGUCCAUGGCCACCUACUCUGCUCCUAAUUCCAGCUGAUUGAGGGUGAGGGGCAUCGCCACCUGCUCUGCUCCUGAUACCAGCUGGUUGAAGGUGGGGGGUGGACAUU